GAACAUGUUCAUGUCGUAUGCUAAUCAAACCGACCUUUCUGAAGGAAAUUGCUAAUUUGAAAACAAUCAGGAUGAAACUUUUACACAGCUGAUAUGUGAGACAACAGGCCAAAUUUGUCCCAUUCAUUUCAGUAUGGAAGACCUGAAAAUCUACGAAGCAGCUGGCUGCAAUGAUAUCACAUUUGUUCAAAAUGCUCUAGAUGGGAAGUAUGGGGAAUUAUUGAAGGAUGACCUUGAACUUGCUUUACACAUGGCUGCUACCAAUGGUCAUCUUGAUUGUGUUUCCCUCUUGCUGGAUCAUAAAGUAAGUGUUCAUGCAAGAAAUGGCUCAGAGGAAACACCAUUGAUACUUGCAGCUCAGGGUGGUCAUGAUGAUUUAGUAAAGAAGCUUCUUGAAAGAGGAGCAAGCAUUCAUGAUCAAAACUGCAUGGGUUAUACACCUCUUAUGAAAGCGUGCGAGUAUGGUCAUAUCCGGACUGUGGAACUGUUGUUGAAACAUGGUGCUAGUGUAAAUCACAUGGAACAUGGAGGAGAUGAGCAUCAUGGUGUUCCAAAUGGUCUUCCAAAUGGCUCAGCGAAAAAUUUACUACCCAAAUAUAUGCCUCAUGGUUAUACAGCCUACAUGGUCCUGGUGCUGAAACAACCGGAAAACUAUGAAAAGAUUUUGAAAUUAUUGAUUGAAGCUAAUAUGCCAGUGAAUGAAAUGGACUUAGAAAAUACAACAGUUUUGUUACAUGCUGCUAAUAGGUGUUCUGCUGAUGUACUCGAGAUGUUAUUGAAGGCAGGAGCUGAUGUGAACACCUGUGACGUCUGGGGUGUAACGCCAUUAAUCAGUGCGGCAGCUUAUAACAAAAACAGAAAAUGUGAAAAUUCUUCUCAGGUACGGAGCUGAUGUUUCUAUCGUUUGUAAAGCAAAGAGGACAGCUCUUUC